UUUAUAGGCAUAGACAUAUAUUCUCUGGAAGGGAAGUAGGCCCUAGUUAGUAUUGAUUAUCAUUUAGCAACUGAAUUUUCAGCAAGGUAGAUUGUAAGUUUAUACUUAAUAGUCACACAGGAAUUUUCAAUCGUAUUUUAGGUUGAAAUAGAGUAAUUUUUGUCAAGAUUUAAAUUGCAUACUUCUCAGCUUGCCAGGCCCCUUUUUUCGGAGAUGUAGGCCUAGCCCUACGGCGUGUCUUGAUGGAUCUUUGCUGUAUGGCCUAGCUAAUAAGAAUACAGGAAGUGAUCCCAAAGUACACACAUUCAGAAGCAAGGUUUCACAACAAGCUCUCACCUCUCCUGUCAACAGAAGAAAACAUUGGACUCUACCAUACAGCAAUGGCAUACCGACACAAAGAUAGAUAUACAUGCAAACAUUGCCUGCAAAAUUUUUCAGCAAAAACAAAUGUUUACCGGCACAUACGUAAUGUUCACUCUGAAGUACACAAUGAAGAAUCAAACAAGAUUCAAUGUGUGAAGUGUGAUUACAAAGGACGACGCUUGGAUCAACUGAUGGAACAUGUCAAAGACGUACAUCAAGUGAUACCGGGUAUUGUGAAACUCGAAUUCGAUAGCAAAUUAGAUUUCUUAUUCUGGAAAGGUGAACAAGAGAAAAUAACGAUGUCAGUUUAUGCGCAGAAAACUUCUGCAAAGACUGUCGGUAAAAACAAGCAUCUUUACUUCUAUUGUAAUAAAAGUGGAUACAUAGCAGAUAUUGAUGGACGUAAACGAAAGAAUCGUGUUGGUAGUGAAAUGAAGACAAAGACAUAUUGUAUUGCGUAUAUCAAAGCUAUAGUGCUACGGGAUGGAAGAGUGAAGGUUGAAUUUUGUCAGACACACUUUGGACAUGUGGCGGGAGAUUCGAUGCAGACAGAUGAAAAUCGACAAGAUAGUUCAGAUGAUGAAGAUUUGAAGAAAAAGAAAAAUAAAAAAGACUGACAUGAUGAACUGUUUGAGAAAAAACAAAUUAAAAUUAUAUUGAUGUUUUGAACAAAAUCCUAUCAUUCAGGAUUUCAUACCCUAGACAAUGAUAAUAAAUAAUAUUCCUAGCUUUCUUAUAGAUUAUGAGUGAAAAUAUUAAUAAAAGUUGUAGAUUAUUGAAUGAAAGUCAAAUGUAUUAGUUUCCUUAUUUUAUUUAAUUUACAUACAACAGCAAGUGGCCAAUACAAAAGCCACAAUAAUAGUAAGGUAUGUAAUGAUGGAGUUCUUCAAUUCUGAAAAAAAAAACAAACAAGUAAAUAAAAACGGCAAAACACCUAAUACAGCAUAUCAGGGAAAUAUUUUAAAAAUAUACCGUAAUGAAAUAAUAUUUUUGAUAAUGUCAUAAAUUUAUACUGUGUCAAUUCAAAAAUAAAAGUAUUCAAGAAGGAAAUGGAAGAAUAAUCUAAAAUGUUUUAGAUAAUAGGGAAGUUCAAGUUUUGAGAUUCUUUUUGAUGAAGACUGAAUUUGUGAACUGUUUAUUUACAUAAAUGGGUAAAUUGAACUGAGGGUUGUGUUGGUUAUAAACAGAAAAUGGAAUGUUGACCAUAUUAUUAUAUUUUAUUUUUAAGCGAAGGGACUGGCAGAAUGUGUUUAUCAGUGGAACGGAGUACACAGAAAAACAGAGUGUAAGACACUCAAAAAAAAAAUAAAAAAAUUUCGUGUAUGGCGGCCUACUUAUGACACAGUGAGUGACAAUGACAGUUGAAUCUUGGUGGUCUUGAUAAUACGUCUGGAUGAUAAGUCUAUUCGCACAUGCCAACAUGGUUGCGGUUGUAUGAUGGCGUGUGAAAAAUGUGAAGAACAAAAUUCUUCAAUAGAACAUAAAAACAACUCAGACGAAAGCGUUGAUUUAUUUCGGGACACAUACGUCAGAUACCUAGGUUAUGCAAAUGAGGUGGGUGAGGCCUUCCGGGCUUUGGUACCGGUUUCUGUUGUGCGGGCAAGUUAUCUGGUAGCCAGUGGCUAUGUAGUAGCAGACGCAGCUCACAAAGGGAAUCAAGCAAAAGAAAUGCAAUGGAAAACAGAAUCUGUUCGCACGAAGAAAAUUCUCCACGCCAUUGGAGAUACCAUCAUAUGGCAAGGAUUGGCAUCGGUUGCCAUUCCAGGUUUUACUAUCAAUCGUAUUUGUGCAAUAUCACAGCUGCUACUCAGGAAGACAACAACUUUACCUGCCCCCAUAAGAAAAUGGACAACAACGGCUGUAGGCUUAGGCAUGAUACCAAUCAUUAUUACACCAAUUGAUAGAUCUGUUGAUUAUUUUAUGAACAACUCAAUAAGAAAGUGGUACCACAUAGAAGAGGAGGAGGAGAAGAUUGUUCAUCAUACAAGAUAGAAUUUGUUGAUCUCUGCAGUGAAGUCAUAUAUUCAUCCAUAAAAAAAAAACAUGCAGUACAAGUAUAUCAACAUCCCUAAAAUAAAUAUCCCCUGCAUUUUACACCUAGUUUUCUACUACCUCCAGUAAUGAUGGUGGUAAAAAAAAAUCAGUAUUUUAAAAAUCAAUGUUUAAAUGCAAUUCUGAUAUCUGAAAAGCUGAUAAAAUAUGAAAUGCCAGCAUUAAAUAUCAAGCUUCAUACCAAAUUUAAACAAUGCAAACUUAUGUAACUAAUGAUUUUAUGAAUGCCUUGGUAAAUAUAUGGGGAGUGGGGAGGUGUGUAUGUAGAGGAUUCUUGUGUGAUUUUGUUGUUGUGUUUCAGACCGGCAUGUAGUAUUCUGAAAGAAUUGGAUUGCGAGUGAGUGAAAUAUUGUUAACACUUUAUAGGUACUACUACUACUUUAUAUUAAGUCUUAGAAAUGCACCUUGCACAUAUGGGUACUAAAUAUUGAUUGCUGUACCUUCAAAUCAAUUUGUUUCGAUUUCUUAUUGAAUUAAAGGAUGUUUCUAGUUUUUAAAUUUCUUGUUUUAUGAUUUAAAGUGUUUUAAUUGCAAUGUUGUUGCAUGUUUUGAAAAAAGUUAUAAAUUUUUUCAUAAUAAUAUUUAAUUUGAAUAUCAGUUUGGGUUUGAAAUAAAAAUGUUUGUUUAUACUAUGAUGGGUUUGUUGAAAUAAAAAAAAAAACAUUUCCACAAAGUGCAUACUGUACAAAGUAUUCUUUCUUUUUAUUUUCAAAUUUGUUUAUAUAUUUCUAGCAUAGUAGUCCAGCCAACAAAAAAUAGUAAUCAGUUACUGUCGUAUACUAUUGCAGUUAGCUACCAUUAGUGUCACAAUUGCUAUAUGGCGGUUUUCACAGCUUGUAUAGAUCUCUGGUUGUCUACUUUUUUAAAAUUGAGUUUGAUUGCUUUGCCACUUUGAUAUUUUCUCAGUUGAAAUUCAGACAGAAAUGGACCUCCAGUUAGGGGCUGAGAAUACUGGACAAUCAGCUUUAUCACAUUAGUCACUUCUGAAAUAUGACACUGCUGUAAAAUGGUAGUGGGCAUGUUGUGGAAAAUGAAGAAUUUACUCCAUAGCAACUAAUUUUUUAGAUUGUGCAUUGAAAAUUGAUUCACAUACACAUCUCAACAUAUUGUAGCUUAUUUCAAAAAUUGGAA